AUGGAGUCAACGACCCCUAAACUCCUCUUGAAGCUUAUUCUCCUCCUCUUCGUUUCUGGGUUCUUAUUGUUUCAACUUUUCCCUCUAGCCUUCCUUCUUCACAUCCCACCCUUAUCAUCACCAACCUUCAUUAUUAGUUCUAAUCCAAGCUCUCUAUUUCCCAAAGAAGCUUAUACCACCAAGUCAGGCUACCUCCCAGUCAAUUCCACCACAUCUUCUUCUAUUUUCUACACCUUCUAUGAAGCUCAGAGCCUCCUCUUACCCGAUCUCUCACAAACCCCACUCAUCAUUUGGCUCCAAGGUGGCCUUGGCUGCUCCUCCUUGUUUGGUAAAUUCAUGGAGAUCGGUCCUUGGUACGUCAACCUUCACAAUCAUCAUAAUCAUCGUCAGCUACCAUUUUUUGUGCUCGAACCCAACCCUGGUGCUUGGAACAGAGAAGCGGAUUUAGCAUCGCCUAAGAAGUUGAAGAAAUCCCAAGAUACCAACUUGCAAUUGCCAAACACCUCUACAUUGCCAUCACCAAGCGAGAGCUAUGCCGGCAAGUUUGUGCCAGCAAUUGGAUACUAUAUAUUGAAGAAGAAUGAUGAGUUAAUGAUGCCUGAUCAUGAUCAUGAUCAGUCUCAGAUUUUAAUUAAUUUAGGUGGCUUGAUCAAUGAGAGGCAGAGGAUUGAGUUGGAGUGGCAUCAGCAGGAGGCAAUCAGGCUGGCCAAAAUAAGGCACUGGAGAGAGGCAACAAAUGCAAGACAUCAGGUGGUGGAUAUGUUGCAUUACAUGACAAGGCUGCCCACUCUGUACAACUAUUCAAAGAAAGCUCCUUAUCACAAAACCCAAUGGGUUAUUGACUAUUUGCACAAUCAAAGGGUUGCAUUGUAUGAAGACAACAUGAAGAGUGUGAAAUACAUGGUGGAAUUGUUGGUGAAGAGGAGCAAGGUUUUGUUGUACCAGGGGCGGUUUGACUUGUGGGAUGGUGUAUAUUCGACUGAGGCUUGGGUGAAGACCUUGCAAUGGGAGGAGAUUGGAAAUUUUCUAUCAGCGGAUUGA